AUGUCGACUGAAUGUCCAACCGGUGGCAGUGGUGUUAUAUUGAAGGAGGUCUUACCAAAACAAGAAAGAGUUUACGAUCGUUGUCUCCCGGCUGCCGUGCUCUUUAAAAAAAAUCUUUUUCCUUCAUCCAUCAUUACUCUAGGUAUUGGCACCAUUGCAGCAGCAACAUGUCUUAUUGUCGAGAUGGAUUUUACAGAUUAUGAAGUAAAGGCCAUUCUGACGCUCAUUUUAGAACUCUAUCAGGGCCCUGAAAUAGCAUUGCGUGAUCUUAUUCCUCUUGUGAAGAAAGUGAUCAAUUUGAAGCUGGGUGAUAGAUUCCACCGAAGAUUGUCGUUUAUUGCCAAAGGAGGUAUUCGGGCACUGAAUGAAUUCUUCAAUCAAUUUCAAGAAGAUUUCUUACACUUUUCAGAGACUUUAAUGCACAAAUCAUCAUUGUUUGGCCUAUUUGCCCGAAGAAUGAUGGUCACCUUCAACAUGUUAUCGCUGAGUGAGGUUGUUAACCUGUUCAACAGAUUCUGUGCUGAGAUGAUGAGUGUUUCUACUGACAAGGAUAAGAAUCCAGAUGAUUCAAUUAGUUCCAUUGAUACCUCUUUUGACUUGCCUACAGCAGAUGUAUGGCCUCCUCCAGGAACAUAUAAGUCCCAAAAGCAAGCAGAGUAUUAUAUUGCCAAUCAGGCUUUCCUGAUACAUCAUAAUGUUACUGAGGCUGCCUCACCCACUGAACUGCAAGAACGGAUACGAAAUCUUCUGAAGGAAAAUCCAAAUCUCUCUGAAGCACACUUUUUGAGUUACUUGAACAAUGCCCGUGUGAAGGAGUUCUGUACAGCUUCUCACAAUCUCUACCAUUAUUUUGAUCGUUAUGUCUUACCAUCAUCUGACCUUCCUGGUGUCCAGCAGUUUAAAACCAAAGACAGCACUGAUGAUGUCAACAGACGAUGUGCAGCCUUGAACCUAGCUGCCUUACACUUCAGCUUUGGUCACAAGGAACAGGCUUUAGCUGCCCUCAGAGAAGCCAUCCGAAUGGCUCAGGAAACCAAUGACCAUAUAUGCCUGCAGCAUGCUCUAGUUUGGCUUCAUCGAUUAGGAGAUGAAGGAAGUGCCGACACAGCUAAACUCAUGAAGCGUCAAAUUUCUCUUCCGGGUCUGGCAUCACUCAGUAUUCAGUCCCUUGCCAAAUAUAAUGCCUUUGCGAAGAUGAAACCAGCAAAAGUGAUUGAAAGCAUGCAAACCAACAAUUUAGUGAGCAGUCAGUAUUCACAUGGCGAAUUAGUAUGUAUUAGUCUUGCCCAGAUUGCAGCACUGUGGCAUAUUUAUGGAAAAAGAGAAAACUGUUCUCUUGUCAGUCAACUUAUUCUUCAUUUAGACACAUCAGAUGCUGGAAUCUUUCGCAAUGAAGAAUCUGUUUGCAUUGCUAUAUGUAAUUUAGCCAAGCAUCAUUUUGAUCAGGGGAUGAUCAAAAUUGCUUUGGUGAUUUUGAAGAGUGCCAAAGAAAGAUUCCCUGCUAAUACGGCCCAUGCACAUAUUUGGAUGGCUACUGAACAGGAAAUGAAAUUCACUUUGGCUAUUCAUGCAUGUAAAUGGAGUGAUGCAGAAAUCGCAUUGGCUAAUCUCAGAUCUGUAAAUAAGAUGGAAGCAGAAAUCAGUUGUGGUAUUUUACUAAAAGAAACUGGCCAAGUGAGUAAGGCCCUAGCUCAUAUGCAUGAAUUGCUGGAGAAAUGUGAAAAAAAUGAAUACCAAAUCACACCUUACUACUUAUGUCGUGUGCUUUUAGAAUUGUCUGAUUUACUUCGUAAGACAUGUAAUUAUAGUAUAGCUGUAUUCUACAUUCUUCGAUGUAUCACAUUGGCUCGAGAUCAUCAUUUUCAGUACAUGGUCUGCUUAGCUUCUUUGCAAUUAGCCCAAAUACAGCUCCUGAUGGGAUCACCCAACCUAGCUAUUCCAAUUUUAGAAAAACAGAUGAUCACAAUGUUGACAAAUGGCACUGAACUAGACAAAGGACGAAUGCUCUAUUGCUAUGCUCGAUGCACUGUAGCUGCUGCACGGAAAGGUGGAAAGCCCAAAGAAAUAAACUCUGCUUUGAUGUCAGCUUUGAAUCAAGUAAGCAUUGCUAAAGAUCAUUUCCAAAGAGCCGAAGCCCAUCGACUGCAGAAAGAUACUGUCUAUUACCAGGCUCGUAUCUAUAAUAGCCUUGGUUACAUCACCGAGAGAAAUAAAAUCUAUCUAUCUAUCUAUCUAUCUUGA